AUGAACCGAAUGAAAUCUUUUGACCUUUGUGCAUUCCCUGCUCCGCUGCAGUUCCAGUGCAGCUCCAUCGAAAUCACGCGGACCUAUGGCGUGAAUGACUUUCGGGAGGAUUUGAAGCGCAUGAUGCAGGAUGUGCUCAAGGGUGAUGGCCAGGGGAUGGGCUUCUUGUUCUCCGAUACCCAGAUUGUGAAGGAGUCCUUCUUGGAGGACAUCAACAACAUCUUGAACACCGGAGAGGUGCCGAACCUCUUUGCAGCAGAUGAGAUUGAGCAGGUCAUCAACUUGACGAGGCCCUUGGCGAAAGCAGCAGGAAAGGUGGACGCACGUGACAUCAUUUGGCAGCACUUCGUCCAGGUGGUCCGGGAGGGUUUCCACAUUAUCCUGGCGUUUUCACCUGUGGGAGAAGGCUUUCGCGCUCGAUGCCGACAGUUCCCUUCGCUCAUCAACUGUGCCACAGUGGACUGGUAUGACCCAUGGCCACAGGAUGCCUUGGUGUCGGUGGCCGAACGGUACUAUAAAGAAGCUCCCAAAGAAUUGGAGCUGACCGCCAGCAUCCCCGCGCUCUCGCAGAUCUCCUGUGUGAUCCACGCCUCGGCCUCCGAGGCAGCGGAUCGGUUCUUCGAAGAGCUGCGGCGGAAGACGUACAUGACGCCCACCAGCUACUUGGAGCUCAUCAAACUCUUCACAGAUUUGCUGGGCAUGAAGAAGGGCGAGCUGGAUAUGAAACUGAAUCGAUACAAGGUUGGAGCUCAACGCUUGAAAGAGACCGAGACUGUGGUCGACAAGCUCAAGGUGGACCUGACAAAGAUGCAGCCGGUCAUUGAGCAAGGGAAGAAGGACACAGCAGCAUUGAUUGUGCAGGUGGACAAGGAGGAAGCCCUUGCCAAGGAAGCCCAAGCCUCCUGUGAGGUGGACGAGAAGGAAGCGGGGGAGGCUGCAGCUACGGCCAACGCCAUCAAGACGGAGUGCCAACGGGAACUCGAUGAGGCCUUGCCGGAGUACUACAACGCCAUCAAGGCAUUGGACUCCUUGGACAAGAAAGAUAUUCAAGAGGUGAAGUCUUUCGCCAAACCACCCCCUUUGGUGGAAGUGGUCCUGAGCGCCGUUUGCCUCUUGAUGAACCGCAAGGAGACCUGGGACGAGGCCAAAAAGGUGAUGAACGACACAGGCUUUUUACAAAGCCUCAAGGAGUACGACAAGGACGCUCUGGCCAGCAAUGUCAAGCUGACGCAAAAGCUCCAGAAGUACGUGAAGCGCGAGGACUUCCAGCCCGACCAGGUGAAGAAAGUCUCCACAGCCGCUAUGUCGUUGUGCAUGUGGGUGCGAGCGAUGGACGUGUACGCCCGUGUGGCUCGGUCCAUCGAGCCAAAGAAAGAGAAACUGAAAGAAGCAGAGGACGCCAAUGCUGCAGCAGAGAACAAGUUGAUGGCGAAGAAGAAGGAAUUGAAGGCUGUCCAAGACAACGUGGCUGGACUUCAGAUGCAGCUGGCGCGAGCGAGGAGUAAGGCGGAGAAGUUGGAGCAAGACGCCGAAACCUGCAAGGUGCAACUGGGCCGGGCCGAAAAGCUUUUGGCUGGAUUGGGGAAUGAGUCGGUGCGCUGGGAUGCUGCCAGCAAGAUCUUGGAGAAAAACAUCAAGUUCGUCAUGGGGGACAUUGCCUUGGCCGCGGGCUUCAUCGCGUACGCCGGGCCCUUCACCGCGGAGUUCCGCGCGAGGUUGAUCAGCCAUUGGUUAGCGAAGGCCAAGGAGGUGAAUCUGACAGCGGAUCCUGGUUGGAAGUGUGCAGACACGCUGUGCGACCCGGCAGAGAUCCGUGAGUGGAACAUCAAGUCUUUGCCCUCGGAUGACCUCUCGGUGGAGAAUGGGCUCCUGGUGACGCGCGGUCGCCGGUGGCCGUUGAUGAUCGAUCCGCAGGGGCAAGGAAAUCGUUGGAUCCGGAACAUGAAGAAGGACAGCGGCUUGGGCAUCAUCAAACUCUCAACGCCCAACUUCCUGCGGACCGUGGAGAACUGUAUCCGCGAAGGGAACGCGGUCUUGUUGGAGAACGUUGAGGAAGUCUUGGAUCCCUCGUUGGAACCGGUGCUCCUGAAACAGGUCUUCAAGAAGGGUGGCCAGUGGUUGCUCCGGCUUGGAAGUGAAGAUGUGCCUUACCAUGAUGACUUCCGUUUCUUCGUGACCACCAAGAUGGCCAACCCGCAUUACCUGCCGGAGAUUUGCAUUAAGGUGACCGUGAUCAAUUUCACCGUGACGCUUUUGGGCUUGGAGGACCAGUUGGUGGCAGACGUGGUGAAGAACGAACGGCCCGAUUUGGCCGAGCUCCGUGCGAAUUUGGUCGUCCAGAUCGCUGCAGACAAGGCCGAGAUGGACCGCCUGGAGCAGUUGAUCUUGAAGCUCUUGAGCGAGGCGGGCGACGACUUGUUGGCGGAUGACACGCUGAUUGUGACGUUGGAUCAGUCCAAGCAGACUGGAGACAGCUGCAAGGAGCGCAUGGCUUCGGCCGAAGAGUCCAUGAAGGAGAUCGACGAGGUCACGGAGAUCUUAAGACCCUGCGCCACAAGGGCCUCGAUCAUCUACUUUGUGGUGGCGGACCUGGCCAACAUCGAUCCCAUGUACCAAUAUUCGCUUCAGUUCUUUGCAAGCCUCUUCGAGCAGCGCCUGGCGGCCUCCAGAACCUCCGAAGAUAUGCAAGAGUGGGGGGAUCCCAGUCGGAGUUUUUCUUAUAGCGACGUCAAUAGCGUGAGUGGGUAG